AUGGCGGGGGGCGGGGGCUGGCCUCGUGACGUCAUACCAGGCGCUACGCUGCGGCGCCGGGGCCGUGAGGUCCCGCCAGGCGGUGGGGCCUCGGCUGGUGCAGCCCGGGUAGGCCGCAGCGGUACCGUGAGCCGCACCUGGUGACGUCACGGCGUGGCCUGCCCGCGGGAGCCGGUGGCCCUGUCGGGCGCGCCUCGGGGCGGCGGCGAGGCCCCCUGCGGGCCCGGCCCCCCCCUCCCCCCGGCUGCGUUAGUGGGGCCAGCGGAAGGCCAGAGCGAGGCUCAGCUGCGCGCGGAGCGGCCCGUGACGAGCCCUAAGGCUCCGCACUGCGGCGGAGGUUUUUUUGCUAAAGCUAAAUGACACUGCAGGUGAACAGAAUAACCAGAAAGUACUUUAGAAGUCACAUUUGAAAUGAAUGCCUGAGGAGGUCAUCAGUAGAAGAAUGGUUGCUUUUGGUAAAGUUCUGCUGAAUGGCCUCCGAAACCUGAGCGCCGAGAGCGAGGUACCGCGAUGCUCCUCCACGCUCCCGGCGUCCCGUGACUCUGAAGUGACCGCGGCCGCCUCGGCCGGGCCGCUCGGCAGCCCCCCGCCGCGCCCGGGGAGGGGGCAGCGCCAGCGCUGCGGGCCCGCAGCUGCGCCGGCGCUGUGUGGUGCUGCGUUUUUUGAAGUUCCCCCCAAACCAGAAUAAGACAUCAGAAGAAAUACUACACCAUCUUCAAAACAUUGUAGAUUUUGGAAAACAUGUCAUGAAGCAGUUCUUUGGGGAGAAUUACGUUCAUCAUGGGGAAAUUGUUCAACUGCCUUUAGACUUCAUAAGACAGCUGUGUUUAAAGAUUCAGCCAGAGAGGCCAGAGUCUCGCUGUGAUAAAGACAUGGACACUCUUAGUGGUUAUGCAAUGUGCCUUCCUAAUCUUACCAGGCUGCAGACCUAUCGUUUUGUGGAACAUCGGCCAAUCCUCUGCAUAGAGAUUAAGCCAAAGUGUGGCUUCAUUCCUUUUUCCAGCCAUGUUUCGCAGGAGAUAAAGCACAAGGUGUGUCGUUAUUGUAUGCAUCAGCAUUUAAAGGUAGCAAAUGGAAAAUGGAAGCGACCGAGUAAAUAUUGUCCGUUAGAUCUCUUCUCAGGAAAUAAACAGAGAAUGCACUUUGCUUUGAAGAACUUACUACAGGAGGCACAGAACAACUUGAAAAUAUUUAAGAAUGGUGAACUAAUUUAUGGCUGUAAAGAUGAUCAGGAUUCUGUCUCUGACUGGAACGAGCUUGCUCGUCACUUAAAACCUUUCUUUUUUCCUUCAAAUGGGUUGGUCAGUGGACCACACUGUACAAGGACAAUUGUUAAAGAACUAAUCCACGUUAUAACUAUGGCGCUACUAAGUAGUACUGAUGCCUGCAGGGCAGGUGAUAUGAGGACAGUUCCCAUUUCACAAGGAAGAAGCUACUGUGAAGCAAGCGCUUUUAAUAAGGAGCUAGUAAGAAAUGGGAAACAUAAAUUGGAAAGCUCUGGCUUACCGAGGGGUUGUCUCCUUUAUAAAACCCUUCAGGCUCAGAUGCUUGACAUGCUGGAUAUUGAAGGACUCUAUCCUUUGUACAAUAGAGUCGAACAGUACUUAGAGGAAUUUCCUGAAGAGAGAAGUACAUUGCAGAUAGACGGACCUUAUAAUGAAGCAUUUUAUGAGAAGCUGCUAGAUCUUUCAAAUGAAGAUGAUGGAACAGUAGCAUUUGCGCUAACAAAGGUGCAGCAGUACAGAAUAGCAAUGACUGCAAAAGACUGCUCCAUCAUGAUUGCCCUUUCACCUUGUCUACAAGAUGAAUGCUCUGAGCAAAGACCUGUGGUACUAGCAUCCAAAUCAAGAUUCACCUUUUCUGUUUCUGUCCUGGACCUCGAUCUUAAACCAUAUGAAAGCAUUCCUCAUCAGUACAAACUUGAUGGCAAGAUAGUAAACUAUUAUUUGAAGAAUGUACAGGCCAAAGAUGACCCAGUUAUGUCCAGCCUCUUCAAGGAGAGUGAAGACUGCACAUUAGUUCUCCAUAAAGUGUAACUGUUUCCCUAAGGUUAUUUUUAUUUGAACACAUUAGAAAGUGAAAGGUUAAUGAAAUAAUUAUGGUGAUUUUUUUCUAUUGUGUUCAGUGCAUUUUUCAGCUGUGAAUGUUUUUGCUUUAAGAAAUGAUUUCUAAUUGGUAUGCCUUUUCAAAGACAUGGGAUAGCACUAAAACAUGCGUUUGCUAUAUAACCUUAAUGAAUGUAUUAAAUAUGGCAGAACAGAUAACGUGCCAUACCUUGGAACUAAAGGACAGAGCAACUUAAUUCUAAAAGUCCACUUCCUUAGAAUUGAAAUAACACAGAAUUAGAGGUUUCCUGAAGUAUUGCACUAAUAUAGAAAGCCUAAUUACUAAUAAGAGAAUUGCCUUGGAGCUUGUGCUUUUUGAGUCUCACACAUAGCUACUAGGAAGAGAGAAUGCUCUUACAAAAACCUAAUAUAAAAUCUAAGCAUUAAGUCCACUGAAGAUACAGCUGAAGUGGAAAUUAAAGUGUUACUGAUCUAUGGAACUACCAUGUUACUGCAGAACACUUUAAGUCCUAAUGCAUGGGAUUAAAGACUCCAGACUGCCUCCAGAAGUUUUGUGAUCACUUUGUAUCUCCUAAAGCUUCUGAAACUAAGUGAAAAGAGUUAAAGGUAAGCAUCUUUGAAUUUUAUACAAUAGCUGAACUUAACUAGUCUGACACAUUGGUCUUUUACUUUCUCUACAUGAUAUGCUGCUAUUGGAGGUGAAACCACAGCUUGCUCUUUCCUAAGUUAAAUUGAGCCCUAGGAAUUAUGUAUUCUGAGUUUUCUAGAUUACUUUGGGUCUUUCAGACUGUGUCGAAUGUUGGUAUUAUUUCACUGACAUCCCGUAUAUUAUGUAUGUAGCACGACCAACUGCUUUCAGGCUCAUUCUUUAAGUGAUACACAGAGGAAAGGCGACAGUAUCUGGUUUUCUUUUUUUGAAGUUGCAGGGAAUCACUUUCUGAGGGUGAGUACUGGAGCUAAGUUUGCAUCACUACUUCAGCAAUUUAAGGAUGGCUUUACUUUGUAUAGUAAAUACUCCUAUGUGCAGGUGAAAUUUUGAGAUGUUGCAGUUAGCCAUCUUCAAGGUAGAUCCUGAGUUAGGAGAUUGAGGAUGUAUUCAAAGUUGUGGGUAGUGUGAUAAAAUCUACAGGGACUCUUCCUGUGUGCUUGGGGUUUACAUACCCUGAAAUGUGCAAAGAGAAUGCUAUUCAAGCUACAGUGAACUGCUGUUAUCUGUAUACAAUGUGUGUGUACUGGUAAUGUUUUUCAAAAUAAUGUAGGUUAUCAUUUAAAAAAUUAUAUUAGGAUCUCAAUGUAAUCUUUGAGUCGUUCCAUUUUAUCUGACAUUAAGAAGCAAAAGCAGAAGACUGCAGCUCUGUAGACUGACACAAUUAAAGGUAGAAAUAUGGAGUAAUACCACUCCUAGCAAUACUGUUUUGCAGUGGGAAGGAACUACAUCAGCAAUCUCUUACAGUCCACCUGCAGUUGAUAGUGUGCCUUUCUGGUGUAGGGUUGUGGGCUGCUCUUCAGUUAAAUGUGAUAAUAAACGGUGUAAUAAGCUGGUAGUUGACAGUGGUAAAAACUCUUCUAAAGAAAACAUGGGGGAGAAGAUCCAUUUUUAAAAACAGAAAUCCUUCAACUGUUAGACAAAAUGAGAAGGAUUAUCCACAGCUGAAAAAUUAAGUUAUUCAGUUUUUUAUGCUGUAACUUUACACACAUUUCAUAUGCAAAUAGAAGUGUAUGUGCUGACUAAACAGUUUUGUUUUCAUCCAAGAAGGAUCUAAAGAAGAAACUAACUAGAGUAAAGGUUGCACAAAAUGAGCUAAACCAGUAACAUGUCAGUGGAUAAAGUAACAAUGAAUUUUGCUUGUCUACUGGAAUCCAAACUUGAAAACAGUCUGCCUUAUAUCUAAAAAGAAAAAUUUGUAAUAUAGAGUUGCUGUUCAUCAAAACUUGAUUUCUAGCCUUGUUCAGCUGUAGAUUCCGACACAAACCAGUCUGUUCCUUCUUACCAGAACAGUAGGAGACUAUUUCAGUGAUCAAAUAGUGGAAUAUUAAAAUUACAGUAUUUAAAACAUGCUAUUGCUUUAAAAUUGAUAUUUUUAGUUCUUAUCUACCUGUUUCAGCAUUGCUAUACAAUACUUCGUCAUGUGUUUAAAAAGACAACUAAAAUACAGAGCAGACAUUUGUGCUGUUUGCAUGGUUAUAGCAUCUAUGGGCUUAAAAAGGAACUCUCUUAAUAUUACCGAAGAGUCUGUAUUGUCAUCAUCUUUGGCCUUUUGCUUCCAGGAAUAACAGCUGUUACUCUGUAUAUAAAAAGUGCAUGACUUCAAAUUGUGUAGGUAUGUUCUGGACCACAUCCUUUGGUUGUGCUAGGUAAUGUGGAGCAGUAACUCUUUUGAGAGAUGCUGGGAGUUUGUAAAUGAGCUAAUGGUACAUCUGAUGGAAGUGAAGGAAGAUUACAAGACACCUCUCUGUUUCGUUUCUCUAGGGACAAACAUAUGAAAUGCGAUGCUUUCAUAAUGUGUUAUCUGCUAGAAUUUUUCCACAAAAAGUAGAAAAUCAAAAUGAAUUAAUUCUCUCUCUCUCUCUCUUUUUACAAAAGUCUAACGGUCUUUCUUGUUUAGUUUAGGUUUUCAUUCCAAUUAAUGCUGUCUCUUGUUCAACACUUAAAUUAUGGAAAAAAGUUACUUCACACAGUUGCUUUUUAGCAUAACACUUCUUUAAAAGCUUUAAGUUAUUUGUCUACUUCCACCUAAUUUAAUAAGAAGGUUACUUAACUCUUUGUUCUAGGAGUCUCUUACUGUUCUCCAGUCAUUUUAAAAUCACUGUACUUUUACAGAGCUGUGAAAUGAAACUUCCACUUUUUAUGGACUUGAUUUUGACAGUGCAUGACCUUUUAACACUUUCCAGGUAGCUAGAAAAUGUUAAGAAGACAAACCACUCUGGUACAUUAUUGAUUCAAAAAGAUAAAUUUAUAAUGAAAUCACUCUGUACAUGUAACUAUUUUAUUUGGCAUUUUUGUAUUUAAAUGGCUGUAUUUAUUUUCAUGUCAUGACAAUUUAUAUAUAACGUGCCAUAAUUGUACAGAUAGCAUGUUUUAUGAGUAUGGUUUCUAAAUGGAGAAUAACUUAAUGUUUAUAUUCAAUAAAAUUAUAGACUGUGUAACACAAUAUCUUAAUUAAAACUACUUUUGAAAUUGC